AUGAUGUACGGGUGUAUGCAAGAAAGGCUGCUUCAGAACUCACAUCAGUGCAGCCUGCUGUACUCGUAUUACAUCCUGAACGCAUUGUGCCUGGGGCUGGUGGUUGACCCAGCAAUAUCUCAGAUUCAAGAAUGCGCGAGUUGCACGCCAUCAGAUUGUUCUUGUUCCAUCUGGCUAAUCCUCUGCCUCUGUGCAGGGUUGGUCUUUCAAGUGUUCGGCAUUGCGACAGCCAUGUCGGUGAAUAGCCAACCUGUAACGUCGGAGAUGGCCGACCACUUUCAGAGGAGAGAAAACGAAGAGCAGAGCCAACUUCCGACCAGAAGCAAUCUGACAGAGCGAUUGAUCCAGAGAGGUGCAGAUGCUGGCAAGAAUCUUUUUGGAUGA